AGCACGUCCUUCCGCAACAGCUGGAGCCUCGAAGGCGGCGCGUUGUGCGCGUCCGGCGUCUCAGAGGCGUCUGCCGAACUGGCGGGCGCGCCGCGCCGCGCCGCCACUUGCAGCACGUCCUUCCGCAACAGCUGGAGCCUCGAAGGCGGCGCGUUGUGCGCGUCCGGCGUCUCAGAGGCGUCUGCCGAACUGGCGGGCGCGCCGCGCCGCGCCGCCACUUGCAGCACGUCCUUCCGCAACAGCUGGAGCCUCGAAGGCGGCGCGUUGUGCGCGUCCGGCGUCUCAGAGGCGUCUGCCGAACUGGCGGGCGCGCCGCGCCGCGCCGCCACUUGCAGCACGUCCUUCCGCAACAGCUGGAGCCUCGAAGGCGGCGCGUUGUGCGCGUCCGGCGUCUCAGAGGCGUCUGCCGAACUGGCGGGCGCGCCGCGCCGCGCCGCCACUUGCAGCACGUCCUUCCGCAACAGCUGGAGCCUCGAAGGCGGCGCGUUGUGCGCGUCCGGCGUCUCAGAGGCGUCUGCCGAACUGGCGGGCGCGCCGCGCCGCGCCGCCACUUGCAGCACGUCCUUCCGCAACAGCUGGAGCCUCGAAGGCGGCGCGUUGUGCGCGUCCGGCGUCUCAGAGGCGUCUGCCGAACUGGCGGGCGCGCCGCGCCGCGCCGCCACUUGCAGCACGUCCUUCCGCAACAGCUGGAGCCUCGAAGGCGGCGCGUUGUGCGCGUCCGGCGUCUCAGAGGCGUCUGCCGAACUGGCGGGCGCGCCGCGCCGCGCCGCCACUUGCAGCACGUCCUUCCGCAACAGCUGGAGCCUCGAAGGCGGCGCGUUGUGCGCGUCCGGCGUCUCAGAGGCGUCUGCCGAACUGGCGGGCGCGCCGCGCCGCGCCGCCACUUGCAGCACGUCCUUCCGCAACAGCUGGAGCCUCGAAGGCGGCGCGUUGUGCGCGUCCGGCGUCUCAGAGGCGUCUGCCGAACUGGCGGGCGCGCCGCGCCGCGCCGCCACUUGCAGCACGUCCUUCCGCAACAGCUGGAGCCUCGAAGGCGGCGCGUUGUGCGCGUCCGGCGUCUCAGAGGCGUCUGCCGAACUGGCGGGCGCGCCGCGCCGCGCCGCCACUUGCAGCACGUCCUUCCGCAACAGCUGGAGCCUCGAAGGCGGCGCGUUGUGCGCGUCCGGCGUCUCAGAGGCGUCUGCCGAACUGGCGGGCGCGCCGCGCCGCGCCGCCACUUGCAGCACGUCCUUCCGCAACAGCUGGAGCCUCGAAGGCGGCGCGUUGUGCGCGUCCGGCGUCUCAGAGGCGUCUGCCGAACUGGCGGGCGCGCCGCGCCGCGCCGCCACUUGCAGCACGUCCUUCCGCAACAGCUGGAGCCUCGAAGGCGGCGCGUUGUGCGCGUCCGGCGUCUCAGAGGCGUCUGCCGAACUGGCGGGCGCGCCGCGCCGCGCCGCCACUUGCAGCACGUCCUUCCGCAACAGCUGGAGCCUCGAAGGCGGCGCGUUGUGCGCGUCCGGCGUCUCAGAGGCGUCUGCCGAACUGGCGGGCGCGCCGCGCCGCGCCGCCACUUGCAGCACGUCCUUCCGCAACAGCUGGAGCCUCGAAGGCGGCGCGUUGUGCGCGUCCGGCGUCUCAGAGGCGUCUGCCGAACUGGCGGGCGCGCCGCGCCGCGCCGCCACUUGCAGCACGUCCUUCCGCAACAGCUGGAGCCUCGAAGGCGGCGCGUUGUGCGCGUCCGGCGUCUCAGAGGCGUCUGCCGAACUGGCGGGCGCGCCGCGCCGCGCCGCCACUUGCAGCACGUCCUUCCGCAACAGCUGGAGCCUCGAAGGCGGCGCGUUGUGCGCGUCCGGCGUCUCAGAGGCGUCUGCCGAACUGGCGGGCGCGCCGCGCCGCGCCGCCACUUGCAGCACGUCCUUCCGCAACAGCUGGAGCCUCGAAGGCGGCGCGUUGUGCGCGUCCGGCGUCUCAGAGGCGUCUGCCGAACUGGCGGGCGCGCCGCGCCGCGCCGCCACUUGCAGCACGUCCUUCCGCAACAGCUGGAGCCUCGAAGGCGGCGCGUUGUGCGCGUCCGGCGUCUCAGAGGCGUCUGCCGAACUGGCGGGCGCGCCGCGCCGCGCCGCCACUUGCAGCACGUCCUUCCGCAACAGCUGGAGCCUCGAAGGCGGCGCGUUGUGCGCGUCCGGCGUCUCAGAGGCGUCUGCCGAACUGGCGGGCGCGCCGCGCCGCGCCGCCACUUGCAGCACGUCCUUCCGCAACAGCUGGAGCCUCGAAGGCGGCGCGUUGUGCGCGUCCGGCGUCUCAGAGGCGUCUGCCGAACUGGCGGGCGCGCCGCGCCGCGCCGCCACUUGCAGCACGUCCUUCCGCAACAGCUGGAGCCUCGAAGGCGGCGCGUUGUGCGCGUCCGGCGUCUCAGAGGCGUCUGCCGAACUGGCGGGCGCGCCGCGCCGCGCCGCCACUUGCAGCACGUCCUUCCGCAACAGCUGGAGCCUCGAAGGCGGCGCGUUGUGCGCGUCCGGCGUCUCAGAGGCGUCUGCCGAACUGGCGGGCGCGCCGCGCCGCGCCGCCACUUGCAGCACGUCCUUCCGCAACAGCUGGAGCCUCGAAGGCGGCGCGUUGUGCGCGUCCGGCGUCUCAGAGGCGUCUGCCGAACUGGCGGGCGCGCCGCGCCGCGCCGCCACUUGCAGCACGUCCUUCCGCAACAGCUGGAGCCUCGAAGGCGGCGCGUUGUGCGCGUCCGGCGUCUCAGAGGCGUCUGCCGAACUGGCGGGCGCGCCGCGCCGCGCCGCCACUUGCAGCACGUCCUUCCGCAACAGCUGGAGCCUCGAAGGCGGCGCGUUGUGCGCGUCCGGCGUCUCAGAGGCGUCUGCCGAACUGGCGGGCGCGCCGCGCCGCGCCGCCACUUGCAGCACGUCCUUCCGCAACAGCUGGAGCCUCGAAGGCGGCGCGUUGUGCGCGUCCGGCGUCUCAGAGGCGUCUGCCGAACUGGCGGGCGCGCCGCGCCGCGCCGCCACUUGC